UCGACGACGAGCGACGCCGCCGCCGUACCUAUAAAGUUCAGCCGCGGCAGGUGACGAAAUUGACGCUGAGUGCGUGUGCCUCCAUCGCUGGCGUCAUCCACAAGACGUGUCAGUCCAAUAGGGAUGUCAGUUCCCUUGACAAAUAUGAAUGGAACCCAAUCUACAGUUAUCAAUUCAAGACCAGAUGAUAUUCAAAUCCGGAAUCGUAUGAACCAACAAGACGAAAUCAACCUUACAGCUGACGAUGCGAAUAAGGAUGAUAACGAUUCGGGCACGUGUGGCAAAGCCCUCAUUUAUCUCUCUUGGAUGCUCGUUGUCAUAACGAUGCCGUUUUCUCUCUUCGUCUGUUUCAAGGUGGUGCAGGAAUACGAGAGAGCCGUCAUAUUCAGGCUCGGCCGACUUCUCUCCGGCGGAGCCAAGGGACCAGGAAUGUUUUUCAUCCUGCCGUGCGUUGACAGCUACGCUCGCGUCGACCUGAGAACGAGGACCUACGACGUACCACCUCAAGAGGUGUUGACCAAGGACAGCGUGACUGUGUCGGUGGACGCGGUCGUCUACUAUCGAGUCAACAACGCCACCAUCUCGAUCGCCAACGUCGAGAACGCCCACCACAGUACUCGCUUGCUGGCCCAGACUACGCUCCGAAACACCAUGGGCACGAGGCCGCUUCACGAGAUCCUCAGCGAGCGAGAGACCAUAUCCGGCACGAUGCAGGCUUCGUUGGACGAGGCUACCGAUUCAUGGGGAAUCAAAGUUGAACGCGUAGAAAUCAAAGACGUCCGACUUCCGGUACAACUCCAGCGAGCUAUGGCGGCCGAAGCCGAAGCUGCUCGUGAAGCUCGAGCCAAGGUGAUUGCCGCUGAAGGCGAGCAGAAAGCGAGUCGAGCCCUUCGCGAGGCAUCCGAGGUAAUCGGUGAUUCCCCGGCCGCCCUGCAACUUCGCUAUCUACAGACGCUUAACACCAUCUCGGCCGAGAAAAAUUCGACGAUCGUUUUUCCGUUGCCGAUCGAUAUGCUCACCUACUUCAUGAAGGCGAGAGAGUCGUAAGCAGUGCAAGCUCGAAUUGCGUACGAUUUUGGCUCAAACGCGUUUCUUCUCUUUACACGCGCAGCGACCUUAUCGACUACAUAAUGAUACUAUUUCAACAUCUGCCAAUGACCCUUUAUUUAUCUAUACUACUACUACUUGUCGGCGAGUCAUUUAUCCAUUCAAUCUUGCGUCCAACUUCGGAUACGCUUCAUAUACCAAAUAUAAAUAACCAAACAAUACAAAUUAUUUCAUAUGUAUAUUAAGUACUUGAUGCUAAUCAUAUGAGUACUCAAUAAUAUUACCUGAAGGGGAUAUUAGAAUCAGGCCAAAAAUUCAAAGUUACACAUGCGUUUUUUUAACUUCCAAGUGAAUUUUUUUCUGUAGAGUAAUGCUCAGAUAUUUUGACUUUUCUGUAUUGUUUGAAUAUCGACAUAGUUUUAUUAGAAUUUUAAUUAAAAAUCUCACAAAACUUAUUUGAAACUUUCCAUUUUUACCUCAAUUGCAGAAUCCCCUUCAGGAAAAUUUUCUACUUAUCUAGUCAGAAAUCAGAAUCUGUAUUUUUUUACUCCAAUUUGAUUUUUUCACCUUGAAUUGCGUUUGUAAAGAAGCUCUUAGUAAAAGAUCUUAAAAAAAAAGGACAAAAUUAAAAAAAAGGGAUCAACAAUUUUAAUACUAGUCAAAAUAAUAAUGUCAAUUGAUUUUAUGCUAUUCUACAACAAAUCACUAGAUUAAAAAAAUUCUAAUUUUAUCAAGUAAUAAAAAAAUGUAAAAAUAAAUAUUUUAACCCAAAUGAUCAUUUUUUAAAAGAAUGAUUGAAAAUACGAGUGAUCAUACGAUUUUGUAUGUUAAACGAAAUAAGUGAUAUUGUUUUAAUUCAAACUUAUACAACUUAUUUUCUUGGUUCAUAUUUAGACUGCAUUAAUAGUAUUAAUCAUAUUAUGUAAUAUAUGAAAUGCACUUGUAAUUAAAUCGAGACGAUUUUUUUAUUAUAAUUAUUAGUUAUAUUUCCAUCAAAAUGAACUGUUAAUAGAAAAAAAACUAAAUAUUCUUGUUAAAUCCCGUCAUUUUGAAAAAUAAGAAUCAAUUACAAUCAAUUUGUCAUAAAAAGAGAGCUCAACUAUCCGUUGCAACUCUACAGUUUAAUCACCAUCCUAACUAUUCAUUCCAUAAAUGUGCACAGAAACCUUUAUUAUUCAAGAAGAUUUAUCAUUUAUGCUUGAAAAAUUUUUGCAAAAUGAAAUGGAAUACUUGAUGUCAACCAUAACGUAAAAUUUAUAAAAAUACUUCUUACAAAAAAAAUUGAAGAAAGUAUUCUGUAAGAAAGCAUCUGAGGUUCGUUUAAAAAUUGUUGUUUCCUGUAAGUUUACUCCAUGUUAAUAAUGUAUUCUGGUUCAUAAAAACACAAAAAAACUAAAAAAUUAUAGUAACAAAAAUUAUACUUCAAUGUAAUUUUUAACACAGUAUAAAUAUAUAAUGUCUAUUUAUACAAAUUUGACCAAAAUAAAUGAGACUGUGAACAAAGUUA